AUGUCCCAGUUAUCCUUAUAUUCUGUCCAUGCGGUGUUGCUUUUAGAUUCACAAGGUAACAGAAUUUAUACUAAAUAUUAUAAUCCCCCUCAUGAUGAAAACAAUACUAUAUUUACCAAUGAUAGCAAUUUACCAAAAACAUUGAAAAAACAAAUUGAGUUCGAAAAGAGCUUAGUUAAAAAGACACAUAAGCAAGAUUCUGAAAUCUUAAUUUUUGAAAACAAUUUAGUAAUUUAUAAGGAAUAUCUAGAUUUAACCAUUUACUUGAUUGGUUCAUUAGAUGAAAAUGAAAUUAUUUUACAACAAGCAUUUGCUGCCAUAAGAGAUUCUUUAGAUUUAAUAUUAGAAUCUGGUAUAGAUAAAAAAAAUAUUCAAGAACAUUAUGACAUGGUCUUAUUAAUAAUUGAUGAAACAAUAGAUAAUGGUAUUAUAUUAGAGACCGAUUCUGCCACUAUUGCUUCUAGAGCUACAAAACCACCAGCCAACGAACCACAACUAACUUUGGACUUGGAUAAGGGUUUGAUGAGUGCAUGGGGUUUUGCAAAGAACAAGUUACAGGAAAGAUUACAACAAGGUUUAUAA